AUGACCGAGCGCUCUGCAGUGGUGCAACGGCCUUUUCACAGUUGGUUGGCGAUUCGAAAUCAAACCGAUUGACAGACAGAUACAAAAUAAAAUAUACCGCACUUUUUUGUACGGGGCCGUUUGCCUGCGAAUUCUGUGGGCUUUACUUCGGAUUGCCUUUGUUUCGAUUACUGUAGCUGUUAAGUGGCGUCAAUACGUUCAGCUUUCCUCGGAUGAAAUGUGUGUCAAGUGUACGAUCUCCGAUCGAGUUAUGUUAGCUUUGUUCAAAAGCCUUCGAUGAGCAGUGAAACCUACGCUGGAAGGAACAAUCGAAAGCAUCUGCCAGAGUGUUGAUAGGGAACAGAAGAAAGUGAGGCAUUAGCCUGCGUUUGUAUGAUGACGGAUGUUGAAGAGUCCACCAAGGUACGAUUGGAUCAGGAAAUUGCCAACAGAUUGCAAAAUGAACACCCGGAACAGUUUAAUACGUUGGUUCGGAUGCACCUGUCGUUUGAACUGGAUCUUAACACCGAUACGGAAAACGAUCCAGCCGGACUAGAUAAGCAAAAGUUGAAGAAAUGGAAAGGAUUUCACAAGAAAGCGAAGGGAUGCACAUCGGCCAAAGCGACCUCACCGGAAAUGGCAAAAGCUGCACUGACGAAGGCAAACAUCGAUGACCUGAAACAGCUUAUUGCGUUCCUAGAGCAAGAAGAGAACAUCUCUCAGGAAGGCAUUUUCCGUAAAACCGGUUCAUUAACGCGUCAAAAUGAACUGAAAAACUUGCUCUUGCAAGGCAAUAUGUUACCACUGGAUGGGACCGGUUACACAGCGCACGAUUGUGCUAGCGUGUUGAAAAGUUUCCUGGCCGAUCUACCGGAACCACUACUUACCGAGCUUUACUAUCCAGCGUACUGCCAAGUGGCCGAUUCGUUUCAUUCGAAGGAAGGUUCCCAAGCAACCCGCAGUGACGAUCGUUUGUUAAAUGCCUUACAGCUGCUCUUGCUUCUUCUUCCGGAGGAAAAUAAUAUUCUCCUGCGGCACAUUAUCGAACUGUUACAUCUCACGAUUCAGCACGAGGCGACAAAUAAGAUGUCGGCUGUAAAUUUGGCCACGCUUUUCACACCGCACCUAAUCUGUCCGCGCAAACAAUCGCCGGAGGCGCUGCACACAACCGCACAGCAUAUGUCCGGUAUCGUAGGUUUCAUGAUCGAAACGGGGCAGCGUUUGUUCCACAUUCCCUCGAAGCUGGCCACCGAUAUACGUGCGUACUUUGUGGAGCAACGACGUCGCAAAACCAUGUCACCCGAGCACAUUCUGAACGAAUCAACCACAUCCGAUUCGGUGGCCAACACGGUGUACACGUUCGUCGAUCGUGAGAAGACGGCCGAGGCACACAUCAUGAAUUCUACUGACACAGCACUAGCGCAGCUGUACGCUCACAUCCAAAGUUUGCCCGAAUCGUCCAAGAAGAAAAAGUUGGUGAGCAAAUUUAAUCGCCAGAAUGGGUAUGGAACACCGCUGCAGGUUCUGAUGCUGCGAGAGAAGAAUGCUUCCGGAGGAACGGCUUCCGGGAGUGGUGGAGGGUUGAAGUAUCCUCGCUCGAUAAGUGAUUCUAUUAAGCGGCACAUCUUCCACAAGUCGCUCAUGUCGCGGACACCUAAACAAAGGACAGGCAGUGGUAGCCAGACACCGACCACGUUCCAGACCCCGAGCGGAACGAGCUACGGCAGUGGUGGCCCAAGACAGCGCGUUCUUUUCCAGAGUCCCGUCUCAGCGUCCGAUUCACCGGCCAGUGUUGGUUCUCCUGUUUGCAUAAAGCGUUGCUCCUCCGUUUCGUCUUCGUCUUCAUCGCUUUCCUCAAUGUCAUCGCACUCGUCGGCGGGAAACACUAACGCUGGGUUCUUGGUGCGAACGAGCAGCAGUGAAAGUAGUUGCAGCACUUCAAGCACACUUGAGCAAAAGUCCAUCCGUGGGGUAGAAGUAUCGAAGAAUGAAACACUCAAACGAAGAUCGUCCGGCGAGUUAGGGGAAAAAUUCCCCGACGAGCAACGGGAGAACGAAUUGGAUGCAUCUUCGGAACGUAAACGAAGUAGAGUGGAUGAGCGUACGGAAAAGGAACAAGUGGGACGAUCGAAAUCAGCACUGAUGGUACGUUUCGGUAACGUCGAUACGGUAAGCGGUUGCAAUUUGAUGGAAGACAACGAACCGCCUCCUCCCGAGGAUGAUGAAGAUUUUGUUGAGCAGGAAGAUGACGAUAUUGGUGGAAGUGAAAAUGAGGAUGGUGGGGAAUUUUCCACCGACGAACUCCUGCUGGACGCUGACGGAGAGCAAAUCGUUGCGGAUGAUUUUGAAGACUGUGAAAGGAUACUGAGCGAUACCGAGGAAGAUCGGUACGGUGCAUCGGUUCUUGGUGAAACUCGCUCCCGAUACCGUUCGGAACCAAACCUAAGUACUAUCGGAUACCACCAGCAUCAGUGCCGGGGAAAUUUAGAUCAGAAACUACUGAUCGCACGCAACGACGAGGUACCCCGGUUGAAAGGAAGAUUAAGCGAUGAAAAUUCACAUAUCGAAGGAAAAUCUCAACCCGUCACUCCGGGCACAUCAGCUGGCGGUUCAACUAAGCAGCGAAUCAACUUCUUCAAAAACAAGCUCAUCAAGGGUGUAUCGAUGGGAAAUUUGCGUUUCCCAUUCGUUAGCGAUGGCAGCAAGGGAAGCAAAAAAAGCAACAACCGAUCCGUUGAAACACUAAAUCGCACGGGUUUAAAAACGGCGCACGACGCUACAAUGGCGCGUGAUAAUUUUGCAGACUAUAGCUUUCUGCCUACGCUGCGAUCAUCCGUACCGAUCGUAUCGACCGGAUGCACGGCGAACAAUGGAUCGAGCGAUGAUAAUUCCAACGAAUUGCCCGAAACACAACCACCGGUACAGGCGAUUGGUUGGACGGCAAAUUGUUUAACCAGUACACCCGGACCGUCAACACUCAUUGGCGGGCGCAAUUCAAUGUCGCCCAUCACGAAAAGUACCCAAAGGAUGCCCAAAUCGAUGCAGGAAUCGAUCAUGACACCGAGAUCACGCAAACCGGUCAUGUUGCUAGCCGCCAUGAAUGCGAACGAUCCGCAACAACUCUCCACGACUUGCGCCAGUUUCUCAAGCCUGAAAGAGGAAGAUGAAGAAAUGGACCUUGAACCGGCGGCAGCUGUUUCUACGCUAAACGGUGGCGCUAUACCAUCGUCAUCCCGUUUCGGCAACGAAGUGGGCCUGCCAUCGAUACCCACUCACUUCCCUACUAAAGGUAACAUUGACUCCGGUUGUGUGGUUGUUCAUGGUGGUGGUUGUGGUGAUGUGGCUGAGGGAGAUCAAGUGUCGGCUUCUUUGACGAGUCCCUUUCGAGAUUACCUGCUCAGUCGCGGUUUGAUGCCAACGGAAAGCCCUGCGGAUUUAUCGUUCGCUAGCCAGUCGGAUGAUUUUGAAUCAUCAGCGGAAAUUUUGGACCAACUUAGUGAAUCUAAGAUGAGCGAAAGCUUGCUGUACUGUAUGAAUGGUAACGAGCCAAAGGAAAAGGAAGUUACGAAAGUGCCAGCAGCAGUACAGCGGUUAUUUGAGCGGGUCGAUUCCGAGCUGGACGAGACGGCACUGUGAGUGGGAAUCAGUUGUUCCCCUAAACUCGUAGAGAAAGAGGAACCGCUUGAACAAGAGUAACAGUCAAUCAAAAUUUUAACCGUUUGCUCGUACAUACGCAAGUGAGUAACGUAUCAAGUUUGCAGACAAAAGACGAAGCAGCAAAACGUCUGCUUGAAGUACAUUUUAAUUCAUUAUUGUAGUUUCAUAACAUCAUAGCCUUAUAAUGGACACAUCAGACGGUCUAUGGAUUGUUAAGGUCAGUAUAGCCGAACUCAACAACUCAUAUGCCUAGAUACGAACAUUUGACUUCGGUAUCUCAAACCAGAGAUGACGGUAUACAACCAAAUGAGGAGACGAAUUGUCAGUCAGUCAUUUCCCCUCAUAUUGGAUGUCGCACGGAUUGGCGGUGUAAUGAUUAUGGAUAAGAAGAAGGUAAUUAAUUGUUAAUCAUAUGUUUUGAUAAAUUCAGUAUGAUACUCAGCGCUUUCAAAAGCCACAGACAUACUUCUUCAGUACUGAUACAUUGGUACAAAAGUUGUUAAGAAAUUGUAUCAAUAACUUAUGAGAUUUUUUUCUUUGUGGAAAAGGCUUGUACUUUUGAUCAUACUAAUAUACAUAUA